AUAUCCGCGCAGGUGCGCAGAGCUGCCUUUGAAUCGUACUGUAGUAUAAAAACCCGUGGUUUCCUUUCUCCGAUACAGAAUCUUGUUUAGAUGCCUGUGGUUAAGUUGACAUCGACUGAUGCCAUCCAAAAUUUAAAAUAACGCCCCUGUUUGACCUAGAAUUCGUGGGAGGCGGCGAGACAGUUGGUCAACUGGACAGCGGCGUUGAUUUGACCAGGUCACAAUCAGGAACUAGGGAGAAUGCGUGCAAUCUAUGUUUGUUUAUGUUUGGACAUAGUGAUAUUUACAUGGGGGAGGGAACUGAAGAUCACGUCAAUUUUGAGACCCCCGUUUUUGAUGGAAGUUAGCGGCUCUCCUGGGAAGUAUGAGGGCUACAUGGUAGAUGUACUAAAUGCUCUGUCAAAGUCUGAAAACUUUACAUACUCAAUCCAACCAGAACCAGACGGUAUUUAUGGGAUGAAGGAUGCCAAAGGGGACUGGAGUGGCAUGAUGGGACUUCUCGUUACUAAGAAAGCUGAUUUAGUGGCAGCCGAUCUGACUGUGACAGACAAGCGGAAAGAGGAUGUAGCCUUUACCAGACCCAUCUUUCACAGCAGCCAUAGAAUUCUGGUCUGGAAGCCACAAGUCCCUCCCUACAGCGGGCUAGCGGUUCUCUUUCAACCAUUCAGUGCCGAUGUUUGGAUAAUGUUAAUGGUGGUCUGUAUGAUAACGGGAAUCCUUUUGACCAUCAUUAACAAAUUCAGUCCGUCUGAAUGGAGCAAAAUACCGGAAGCUGAGGACAAGACUAACAGUAAAGAUAGCUUUACCAUCAACAACGCCCUGUUCUUUGUUCAUAGUACCGUGUGCUGGCAAGGUUUCAAGGAAGUUCCCAGGUCACCAGGAGGUCGUUUUCUGACUUCCAUGUGGAUGAGCUUCGUGUUGUUUAUGAUCACUGCCUACAUUGCAAAUCUUGGUUCGUUUUUGAUAACCAGUGCCCCAAGAAAACCCGUUCUCCCUUUUAAGACAUUUCAUCAAAUGGAAUUGCAAUCUGAAGUCGCCUACGGAACAAAGUCGUGGGACAAUUUUUUAAAACUUAGCAAAGAUCCAGUAUUAAACCGUUUAUAUUACAUUUCAAGAUCUGAGCAAGAUAAUUUGUUUGAAACAGACGAUGAAGGCUAUCAGAAAGUUAAAGCGUCAGAGGGAUCCUUUGCCGCCAUCAUGGAAGAUCACGUGGCCGAGAGAUUCGCGGGACGAGACUGUAGUGUAAUGGUGGUGGGAGAGAAAGUACAACCGACAGAUCAAGCUAUUGCUUGUAAUAAUGUUUCUCUUUGUGAAGAAUUGUCAAAGAGCAUUAGCAAACUACCACUGAAAGAAUUUCGGCAAAAAUGGUGGCCAAGUGACUGCAAUGUAGGGUCACUCAGCGAUUACUUGAAUAAACCGGAAGUGACUUUGUUGACACCUGCGCGUCCUCUAAAUACUAUUGACUUGUCUAUAGCCUUCAUUUUGCUUCUUUUGGGUAUCAUUGUGGGGAUCCUCAUGCUGCUAAUAGAGGUUUACAGGGCGAACAAAAAAUCAAAGGGGGAGGAACCGAUUAAACUGAAAGCAUCAAAUGGCGACAACGCCGUGACAGAAGGAACAGAUGAGGAAAAGGCUCCAAUUGCGGAGGAGUGUUAGAAACUUUACCCCCGGGCUCUCAGGCACCCCUCCAAAUGAUCAAAAGCAGAAAACAAUAGCCGCACUGAUGGCUGCCGAGCUCUAGAGGUUGCACACAGCUGCCCGUAAUGUUGUGUUGUGUAAAUGUUACAGACAUGGAUUACAAAAUUUAUACACUGAUUUGGCGAACAAUGUACUUUGAAAUGUUACUUGACCUAAUUUUAAAAGAAAGCAAGCUGAAAAAUUUUUAAUAUGUUAAUUCAAGGUACUUGUAACAAUUUCUGUUUUCAAGCAUUAUUCUGUAUUCAGUCAAUGAAAAAGUUGUCAUGCAGACUUCAGACAAUAACCAUGGACAACCACAGAGCUUAUAUUUCCAGAAGUGCGUUCUGUAUUUAUUCCACAGAAGAGUACCAGGUGCUGUUGUAGAAGUCGUUGUUCUAAGCCGCUGUGCUUUACAUUUUAAUGAAUUUUCCUCCUGUAAUGUAGGAAGGGUAUUGCUUUUCUGCGGAAUGAGAUUACAGACUUUGCUCAAGUCGCUAAGAACAACGAGAGUAAAUAAGAAGAUAUAGAAUCUUAUAGCCUUAUAAUAUUAAUAUUUUUUAUAAUUAGGUUGUUAUCUGAUAAGAACUUUUACUUGUCUGACAUUUUUUUUCCUAAGAAAUAAGCAUCUGUAUAUAUUUUUGGAUCAAAGACAGACGAUCUCCCCUCAAAGAAAGAAUCGGUACCAUAAAAUUCUAAAUUGUAAUUAUUUUAUAUAACUGAUAUUAUUAUUUAAAUGAGGGAUAGAAAAAAAAUUAAUCUGCAAUUUUAUCUGUUCCUACAAGUCUGUAUAUUUUACAUUAAGCAACAUUAUUUAGUUUAAAUAUUAAAAAUCUUCUCCACUUAUUUUCUUAUUUUUUAGAAAAUUAAUUCAAUGCAAAAAUCUUGCCAAAAAUAGACAAAUGAAGCUUCCGCCCACGAAAGAAGUAGUAUUUUAUUGUAUUUUAUUAUAUAUUUGUUCAAUAAUACAGGAUUUUUGCACCCCUGAUAUGAACAUAGGCACGCGCCCUGUAUUACACACCCUGUAUCAGCACCCUUUAUUUUACCCUUUAUCACACCCUUUAUUACACCUUUCCGGAACAUCUCUGUAUUUU